CUUGAGCAGACAGCGUCCCAAUAGUUUAUGUUUCCGUUAUACCUUUUGUAUUGAAUACAUUGACAAUCGCUUGUUUAAAUUCAAAUAUUUGAGUCUGUUCAUAUUAGGAUGUCUGAGCCGUGUGCUAGAUAUCAGCAGCUGCCCAAUGAAGAGGAGUCAGAGGAGGCUCUCCAGGUGGCAGCUGAUGCCCCACCCCCUUACAGCAGCAUUGCAGAAGAAAAUGCAGCUUAUUUUGACUACAAAGAAAAUGGGGGUUUCCCCAAUCCACCAUCAUACAACGUGGCCACAACGCUCCCUUCCUAUGACGAGGCGGAGACAACCAAGGCUGAAGCCCUUGUUCCCUUGGUAGCUGGAAGGGAUGAAGACUUUGUAGCCAGGGACGACUUUGAGGAUGCAGACCAGCUGCGGAUAGGGAACGAUGGCAUUUUCAUGUUGACCUUUUUUAUGGCCUUCCUUUUCAACUGGAUCGGCUUCUUCCUGUCCUUCUGUCUGACCACGUCGGCAGCAGGCCGCUACGGGGCCAUCUCUGGCUUCGGCCUGUCACUCAUCAAGUGGAUCCUCAUUGUCCGGUUCUCCACCUAUUUCCCUGGGUACUUUGAUGGGCAGUACUGGCUGUGGUGGGUGUUCCUGGUAUUGGGAUUCUUGCUCUUCCUCAGAGGAUCCAUCAACUACGCCAAGAUCCGUAAAAUGGCAGACUCCUUUUCUAGUCUCCCGCGAACCAGAGUCCUUUUCAUCUACUAAAAGGAGAAAUCUGAACUCUUCUUUAGAAAAGUUCGCUAUCUGGCCUCAACUCCAUCACGAAAAACAGAGAGGAAACACCUCUUGUUUUGCUGCCGAUAAAUUGGACAAAAUCAUUUCUAUGUCUCUUGAUGUAAACUAGUGGAUGCUGACAAUUCUGUAACUAUUCAAUCAUUAGUGGUUUAUUUCAAGUGCU